AUGUCCACCACCCCAGUCCCCUCUCCUUCUCUCCUCCCUCUCGUGAUCCAAGCCGACCACCUCCCGGCAUACCACGCCCCCUACCCCUCCCGUCAUCCCAUCACCAAACAACGUAUCGUACCCUUGCACAUCUCUUUCCAAGACUUUCAGAACGGCCUUCCCCCCGUCGGGCUCAUCACCCAACCAGUCCUCAAAGCUCUCGAGAAAGAACGAGCCCUCAAAUUUUUCUCUCUUGCCAAAGAGAUCAAGUCGUGUGAUAUCAAGAAAGACGGUUGGCGAGUUCAUUGUGGUGCUUGUAGCGAGUGUCUCCAGAAGCAGAAGCAGGAUAAGAACCAGGCUGCUUACAAGCUGAGCGUGUUGUGUGUCUUCUUUGCGGAAGAGAUCAAUGAGAAAGGAAAGCAAGCCAGGACGGAGGCGAUGGCUGACAUCUUGAACCGGUGGAAAGCUGAAGGGAGAUUCCCCGAAGCUACAAAGUUAUGGAUGGACGAGCUCUUCCCGAUAUACGCCUACCCACAAUCCAGAGCCUUCAAAGACACAAAGUCGGCUGCUCGUCAGCCUUUUGGGAACGUUGCGUUCGAGAUGGAACGAGCGGGUGUGCCGUUGUUUGGAUGUCAAGCAUUUGGAGUUCACAUGACUGCGUAUGAGGGAGAGGGGGAGGAUAUGAAGAUUUGGAUCCCUAGGCGAAGCGCUGACCGUCACAGAUCACCACUCAAAUACGACAGCAGCGUUGCGGGUGGUCUCCCGGCUGGACAUACGCCACUUGAAGGGCUCUUGAAAGAGUGCGAAGAAGAAGCUGGGUGGCCGGAGGAACUGAUCAGGAAAUAUGUCAAGAGCGCGGGGAUGGUGAGCUACUAUGAAAUCAUGGACGACGGAGCAAUCCUUCCGAGUACAUACACGUACGACCUCCCUCUUCCCCCCCGAUGUUCCUCAGCCUACGUCCAUCCCUCCCCGAAUGAUGACGAAGUCGACUCCUUCGAGCUUUUGCCCGUCCAGCAAGUCAUCCAGUCCCUCCACAAGGACGAAUUCAAACCAUCCUCUGCCAUGGUGACGAUCGACUUUUUGGUAAGGCAUGGGUUUGUAACGCCAGACAAUGAAACAAACUAUCAAGAGAUUGUGAGGAGGAUGCAUAGGCGGAUUGAUGUGGCUGGGCCGGGGAUUUGA